AUGCCUGGCGUUGACCCGAACAUUAUCUGUUACCGACUCCACGUCAACCCUGCCUGUAAGCCAGUGGCGCAGAAGAGACGCAAAUUCGUACCCGAGGGAGUCACUAUCAUCGAAGCUGAGAUUGACAAACUCCUAGCUGCCGGCUGCAUCGAAAAGGUCUCAUACUCAGAGUGGCUUGCCAACAUUGUUCUGGUGGCAAAACAAGAGAAGGGCAAGUGGAGAGUCUGCGUCAGCUUCAUUCAUUGCCGAGAAUCGACCAACUCGUGGAUUCCACUUCUGGCAAUCAGCUACUCAGCUUCAUGGACACGUACUCCAGCUACAAUCAAAUUCGGAUGA